AUGGUGCUUUACAAAGACCCUUUCAAGUGCUUCAGAAAGCCCAUGAUGGUCUAUGUUGGUGCUCUUGCGCUGUUGGACUUUCUCAGCGGAAGUGUAACUGGACCAUGGGUCAUUAACAACUACGUUGAGUGCGGUAUGGGAGAGGAUGACUCCCCUGUGCUGGACAAAACCAGAUUUGCCGCAAUUUCUGCAGAAUUCACGAUAUGUACUGCAAAUUUCAUAACUCUCGUAUUGUCUGGUGAAAGACUAUUUGCAGUGGCUUGUCCCUUUCUGUACCGACGAAAGUCCAGCGUUAAGAGAAGCGUGAUAAUUCUAAGCUUUGCGGUGCUUUACCCGUUGUCAGUGAGUCUGGCGAGCUUUUCAGGCUCGCGAUGGAGAGACAGACCCUUCCACGCCCAUAUGAUUAUAACCAUGCCUAUGGUUACGCUGAUUUCCGUCAACAUUGCACUUGUAGUCGCACUACGGCGACAAAAUAAACAAGCGAAGAUUUUGCUAGGAGGCUCAGAAAGUACACCGAGCGGUUUCAGGGAAGGCGAAUCCAAGCGUAAAGAAAGAGAAAAUUCCCUGUGUGUAACCACGCAGCUAGUGGUUUCGUGUUUUUUACUGUCUCUUCUCCCUUACCUGUCAUUUUUCUACGUGAUUCUCUAUUUCCCAGAGUUUCGAGGAGAAAAAUGGCUUUUCGCGGGCACCCGAUUCUUUUUGCCAUUUGUAUUCUUGAAUCCAGCCAUGAAUUCUCUCAUCUUCAACUUCAGACUCAAGCACGUCCGCCGUUCAUUCAGACACGUUUUCAUGUCUGGCUCACGGAUUCGUCUACACGAUAUCCAACUUACCCCCUUUGCGAGGUCAAUGGACUCUCCCUGA